AUGAGCAUCAACAUCGAGAGACUCCAAAGCGAAGAUGAAGUCGCGUUUAAGCUGAAGGGAGAAAUUGCAACCAUCGAAAAGGAAAUAAAAAGUUGGUUCAUAAAGAGGAGACUGAACAUGGAGUUGAACUAUUCGCUACAUAACCUAUUCGCAAACUACAACAUUGUUGGAUUGUCCAUUAAUAAAAAUAUCGACGUGAAGGAGAAGAUGUUGUGGCAUGAUAUAGUCAAUGGGAAACCCACUCUGGAAGACACACUUAGUAUGGAUGCAAAAGAAUACAAAGCAGAUAUGUACAGCAAGAUGUGGGACAACAGCACCACUACAGAAAAUCCAUGUAGACUAGUUGGGUCGAUUUUUUUCAGAUGCUUAAAAAAUAAUUACCACUUAACAGAAACAGAACGAGAAGGUACGUGUAUGCACAGCUUUGUAAACUUCACUAAUUGUAGGAAGGCGCUGAAAUUGCAACAGGCGAACAAUAUAAAAACUGCCCUCAUGAAGCAGAAUGCGGAGGACAACCAUGCGAAGGCUCUCUUUGAGCGAAGGAGUGCUCUAUUGGAGAAGCUGGAGACCCGCAGUACCUAG